CUCCUGCUAAAGUGCAACUAUCUUUAACAUUUUUAACGGCAACAGGAAGCCAGCAAAACAAACACAAAAGCUCCAAACACUGGGUCGCAACUCCGCACCCACUUCCGGAGCGUAGAGCAUAUACCUCAGUGCGUCAAAGCGUACUACGCAUCCUUGGACGGAAACCGAGAAGUGUCAGUUGUGGUAGCCCGGGUCUGGGGGAGAAAGCCAGCACCACAGAAGGGACGUGUGUUGGUGUCGCCCAUUCUACUUCCUCAUCUUAGUCUUCUGUAGUGCUGACACUCAGGCUGCACAGACUGCCCUUUCCACCGCCGCCACGCUCUGAUGGUGCCUUUCUUCCGGGAGGCGGGGUCUACACCGGAAGUGUGCCAGCGCGGUGUUUACUUCCUCUAGCCCGGGUAGCUACUGUUCCGUCGGAGAGCCGUGGGUUUUGCGUGAGUGGAAGUCGGAGAGCCGUCCGCUUGCGUCCCCUGGUAGAACUGGCAGCUGAGGCCCGGCGCGGCCGGCACCGUGCGCCUGCCCUAUGGGAGUUCAGGGGCUGUGGAAGCUGCUGGAGUGCUCCGGGCGCCGGGUCAGCCCCGAGGCGCUGGAAGGGAAGAUCCUGGCCGUGGAUAUUAGCAUUUGGUUAAACCAAGCACUCAAAGGAGUCCGAGAUCGCCAUGGGAACACGGUCGAAAACGCUCAUCUUCUCACUUUGUUCCACCGACUGUGCAAACUCUUAUUUUUCCGAAUUCGUCCUAUUUUUGUAUUCGACGGGGACGCCCCGCUGUUGAAGAAACAGACCUUGGCGAAGAGAAGGCAGAGGAAGGAUUAUGCCUCCAGUGACUCCAGGAGAACGACAGAGAAGCUUCUGAAAACAUUUCUGAAGAGACAGGCUCUCAAAACUGCCUUCAGAGGCAAAAGGCAGGAAGAGGACCAUGGGGGUGUCAAGACACCCUACAGCCGCUUCCCAGGGGCUACCAGGAGACAAAAUUCAGAAGAGGAGGAUGAAAAACAAUGGCAAGAAAGAAUGGAUCAAAAGCAAGCUUUACAGGAGGAAUUCUUCCAUAAUCCUCAAGCCAUAGACAUUGAGUCUGAGGACUUCAUCAGUUUGCCACCUGAAGUAAAGCAUGAGAUUUUAACUGACAUGAAAGAAUUUACCAAGAGAAGACGGACAUUGUUUGAAGCCAUGCCAGAGGAAUCUAAUGACUUUUCACAGUACCAACUGAAAGGCUUGCUCAAGAAAAACUAUCUAAACCAGCACAUAGAAAAUGUCCAAAAGGAAAUGAAUCAGCAGCACUCAGGACAAAUCCAGAGGCAAUAUGAAGACGAAGGGGGCUUUCUGAAGGAGGUAGAGUCAAGGAGAGUGGUCUCUGAAGACACCUCACACUACAUCUUGAUAAAAGGUAUUCAAGUCAAGAAAGUUACGGAGGUGGAUUCAGAGUCUCUUCCUUCUUCCAGCAAAAUGCCCGGCAUGCCUCUUGACCUGAAAUCAUUGCCCAAUGAGAGAGUGAAGCCAGAGAAAGAGCCUGCUGCUGCCCCUCCUUCUCCAAGAACUUUACUAGCUAUGCAGGCAGCCAUGCUGGGGAGUAGCUCAGAGGAUGAGCUAGAGAGUGGAGAUGGGAGGCAGACCAGGGACAGGAGCUCACGGGCCACUGCAGACUCAGGCUCCAUAUCACCACAGACCCUCGCUGCAAUUCAGAGAGCUCUGGUUGAUGAUGAAGACGAAAAGGUGUGUGCUAGGGGUGAUGUGCCAGAGAAAGGGACAGCAUUGAGAACUCCAGGCGGUGAAGAAGAUGGGAAAGUGUAUGCUGGUGGUGAUAGGUCUGGAGAAGGACCAGCGAUGAGAGCACUGGGUGAUGCCAUAGAUGGGAAAGUGUGUGCUGGUGCUAAUAAGCCUGUGGAGGGGCCAGUGCUGAGAGUACUGCUUGGAAACAGUCUUGACCAGGAGCACAUCGAAAGAGCUGAAAUGGGAGGUGGAGGAGUGCUGUUUACAACGGCUCCUCCUUCAGCCAACAUGACCUCGGUAGAGGAGCAUGAAGCCAGCUUGAGUAGUAAAAAGCAGCAGACAGACUCCGCUUAUCCCUUGAGUACUACUUGUCAUCAAGCUGGUGCAUCUGAGCCUCCAAAAGAGCAAGUGUCACCUGUUCACGUCGUCAAUGAAGCCACUCAGAUAAGCAGUGAAUCUGAGGUUGAGCAUAGGAGUGGUCCCCCUUCCAUUAGCAUUUCACACAGUGAUGCCCCUGGGCUCCCCACAUCGCCACUUCCAGGAACGAGUUCUGAACCAAGGGAGGACAUACACCCGACAGAUCCCGAGCUACAGAAAGAUCUCUGCCUGCCCAAGAGUGAGUAUGAUUCCUCUCAUCGUUCAAGUGAUGGUGAGACAGAUGGUGGACAGAACCCUGCUUCGAAAGUUGCCAUCGCUUUACAGGACCCGCAGAACACAGCUUAUGUCUCUUCAGAGGCAAUAGGCAACUUAGAAAAUGUAUUGUCUUCUAAUGCUGAAGAGCCUGGAGAUGACUUGAAAACCAUCCAACAGCAGGAGACCCCUGAAGCUGCUGCCCAGGCACUGAUUUCAGUCCCAAAGCCCAUGGAACCUAUGGAGAUGGACUCAGAAGAGAGCGAGUCUGACGGAAGCUUCAUUGAAGUGCAGAAUGUGCUCAGUGAUGGUGAACUUCAAGCUGAGUCAUGUGAUGCUUCCAAACCUCCCUCUGAACAAGAUGAAGAGGGACCAAGAGGAGCUGUGGAGGAAGGAAACCCUGGGGACUCGGGGUGCCUCCCACAGGACAGCUCUGAAAGUGAGGACUCAGACAUGGAGCACAAAGGAGCUGACAGAGAUGCAGAGGACUCUCCUAAUGAAUGGCAAGAUAUUAAUUUGGAGGAGCUAGAAACCCUGGAAAGUAACCUUUUAGCUGAGCAGAAUUCACUGAAAGCUCAAAAACAGCAGCAGGAACGGAUUGCCUCCACUGUAACAGGACAGAUGUUUCUGGAAAGCCAGGAACUCUUGCGCCUGUUUGGCAUUCCUUACGUCGAGGCUCCCAUGGAGGCAGAGGCGCAGUGUGCCAUCCUGGACCUCACUGAUCAGACUUCUGGAACUAUCACUGAUGAUAGUGAUAUCUGGCUGUUUGGAGCCCGGCAUGUCUAUAAGAACUUUUUUAAUAAAAACAAGUUCGUAGAGUACUACCAAUACGUGGACUUUCACAACCAAUUAGGGUUGGACCGGAACAAGUUAAUCAAUUUGGCCUAUCUGCUGGGCAGUGAUUACACUGAAGGGAUUCCGACUGUAGGCUGUGUAACAGCCAUGGAGAUUCUCAAUGAAUUCCCUGGACGGGGCCUGGAACCACUCCUAAAAUUCUCAGAGUGGUGGCAAGAAGCUCAGAAAAAUAAGAAAAUCACACCCAAUCCUCAUGACACCAAAGUGAAGAAGAAACUACGGAAGUUGCAGCUGACCCCUGGCUUCCCCAAUCCAGCGGUUGCUGAUGCUUAUCUCAGGCCUGUGGUGGAUGACUCCAAGGGAUCGUUUCUGUGGGGGCAACCUGAUCUUGUCAAGAUUAGAGAGUUUUGUCAGCGGUAUUUUGGCUGGAACGGGACAAAGACAGACGAAUUGCUGUUACCGGUAUUAAAGCAACUGAAUGCCCAACAGGAUGAAGCAAAAGCAAAAACCCAGAAAAGAACCCCAGCAAAGAGCUCAAGAGCGGCAUCAAUCCCCCCCCAAAAGAGGCCUUCAAGUGCUCCCAGAGAGGACAAAAGUGGUGGGUUUCUGGGGGACCCCUACCUUUCCGAAUCACCCGGGGAGUCUUCAGGUGAGGAUGCUGAAGGUUCAUCUGUGAUGGACGUACAAAAGGGAAGAAAAGCUGAGCUGUCAAAAGUCAGGUCUUCACAUCUGCCCAACUUAGUGAAAGCUGCUCAGAAGGACAACGGUGCCACCACGAGCAGCUCCAGUGAGGACGAGGCUGGGGGCACGAAGGCUGUCCUGGUGACCGCCAGACCUGUGUUUGGGAAGAGAAGAAGGAAACUGAGAAGUAUGAGGGGAGGGAAGAGGAAAUCACGGUGAUUUGUACAAACAACAUUUUGUAAUGAAUUUGUACUGAGGACGUGAUAAGAUUUAAGCCUGUUUGUACAGUCUCUGUUCUUAGCUUAUGGUUUUUAAAACUAUGGAUGCUAAACUAGAUGCUGUAUCUACUAAGGGCAUUGUGUCCAUUACCUUACAAGGUCUGACGCUUUCCCA